UGUUAUUUCAGCUGUUGUUCUGCACUCACCUUCAGUGUGCGCUCCACUAUGGACCGCAAAAGGGAUGCCAGGCACAGGACAAAGAGAGAGAGAAAAGCCCACACCCUGCAGAAUGACGGAUGACAGGAGAACUUUGCUGCAGCUCCUCAAGGAGCCUCAGAUGCGAGAAGAGAGGAAAAGGCUUAGGACUUUCCAGAACUGGCCCGCAGACGCGCCUGUGACCUCUGGAGACCUGGCCAAGGCAGGCUUUUUCUUUUUAGGCCGCAGGGAUGAAGUCCAGUGUUUCUGCUGUGGGGGGAUUUUAAGAUACUGGGUGCCGGGGGAUAAUCCAGAUGCUGAGCAUAAGCGGCAUUUCCCUACUUGCAGCUUCGCACUGGGGCGAGCUGUGGGCAAUAUUCCUCUCCAAACAGGCUCCUCGGACUCUGUGGACGGCCAGCUGUUGAGUCAGCUCCAGAGGAUGACGAUGGACGACCAGGGAACAGCUGGACAAGCGGUCUAUCCGGAGAUGGAAGCUGAAGAUUCUCGGCUCGCCACUUUCCACAACUGGCCGGCCGAGGCCUCCGUCCAGCCUGAUGUUCUCGCCAGAGCAGGAUUUUUCUACACAGGUCAUGGUGACAACGUCAAAUGUUUUUUCUGUGACGGAGGGCUGAGGAACUGGGAGCCAGGGGACGACCCCUGGCAGGAACAUGCCAAAUGGUUUCCACGAUGUGAAUUUUUAAUCCAGUCGAGAGGGCAGGAGUACAUCACCAACAUACAGGAUGCUCAUUUCCACCUGGGCGACUCUGUGGGUGGAUCACAGACUUCUACUGGAGGAGAUGUUGGUUCUAGAAACAGUUUGGUUGGAAGUCGGGGAGCUUCAUCCGCCAUGCUUUCUCCCGUGGUUCAAACUGUGCUCCAGAUGGGCUUUGAGGCGAGCCUGGUGGAGAGUUUGGUCCAGACCAGGUACCUCCUGGCAGGUCAGCACUACACGUCUGUGUCUGCGCUGGUCACUGACGUCCUGCAGGCAGAGGAGGAGGACAGAGAGAGGGAGCCGAGCAGCACAGAACCAGAGACGAGCCAGGGGUCCAGUGCUGGGAAUGUGAGGACGCAAACACCGGCCCGAGGAAAAGUGAAGGAUCCUAGUCCAGAAGAGCUGCUAAGGCAGCUGCAGGAGGAGAGGACCUGCAAAGUGUGCAUGGACAAGCUGGUGUCCAUCGUCUUCAUCCCCUGCGGUCACCUGGUGGUUUGUGGUGAUUGUGCUGCCAGCCUGCGUCACUGUCCCAUCUGCAGAGCUGUCGUCAGAGGCAGCGUUCGUGCUUUUAUGUCUUGACGCUGCGGUGAAAAGCCACUCGUAUACAGACACGACUGCCCCCGACGUGCCCUCAGUAUCUCCCAAUGAAAACUGAGUGCUGGCUGCUUGUUGUGUCCUAUUUUACAGAUCGUUUUCUAUAAUAAACAUUUUGAGUUCC